AUGGAGAUAAUUAUUCAAGAGACAAACUCUCAGAGGGACGCCAUUCCUUUGUUGUCAUUCUCUAAUGGUCGACUUGAUUCCAGUUCAGAUGUUAAAGCAAAGCAUUCCCUUUACCAAGAGAAAGGUAUGAAGAGGAGGACACUGGUUACAAAGACGGACCACAUGACGUACAUUGGUACCAAUUACGAGACUGAGGGAACCAUGAACACUUUCCCUUUUAGAAAGUAUAUGAUUGGUGUUCUUAAUAAAGAGACUGGUACUGUGGAGUUACAUAAUACUGAUAUAUUUCAUAUGACACCUUAUAUCAAAGGUAUGGUAGACUCUGUAGCCAGCCAUCACAAAACUGAUACUCCAGUGACUGAUCCUAAUCCCUCCAAGCGUAAGUCCAUAUCCAAGGAAGAGUAUUCUGAGGGUCUUGAGAAAGUAAUGAUGUCAUUCGGUAGCUCCCAGGCAAAGAAGGCGUGGUCAGCAGCUAAGAGGCCUGAGGAACCAUAUAGACUGACAAGUCUUUGUUCUUGUAACGUGCCAUGCCAGUCUUUUUCAUUUCUUCUUUUUAUAGUGCAACACGAGUGUAUUCCUCAGGCUAUUUUAGGCAUGGACGUCAUCUGUCAAGCAAAAUCAGGUAUGGGCAAGACUGCUGUCUUUGUCAUAGCAACGCUUCAGCAACUGGAGAUAGUUGAGGGACAAGUCUCUGUUCUUGUUAUGUGCCAUGCCAGGGAAUUGGCCUAUCAAAUAUACAAGGAGUAUGAACGAUUCUCCAAGUAUUUUGAUGGAGUCAAGACCUCGGUGUUCUUUGGCGGCAUUAGUGUCAUGAAAGAUGAGGAGACUCUCAAGACUAACUGCCCACACAUAGUGGUUGGUACUCCUGGUCGCAUCCUGGCUCUGGUGAGACAGAAGACGCUCAACCUUCACAAUGUGAAGCAUUUUAUAUUGGAUGAGUGUGACAAGAUGCUUGAGCAACUGGACAUGAGAAGGGAUGUCCAGGAAAUCUUCAAAGCCACACCU